GCCUCGCCGUGCUUUCGCUUCUUUCCAUUCCCUCCCCCGCAUGAUGGCGGGCUCGGCGGAGCCCCAACGUCGGUGUCUUGCGUGUCUCAGGGGGUGGCUCCGCUGCUCGCCCGAAGGAGGGCCUGCCUCCGGCGGGACCACAGGAGUCGGAGCAUCAGCGCGCCAGACAGGACGGCCAGCAUCGCAUUCAGAGCCAGCGCUCGGUUUGACGGAUCGAUCGUAGGCAGAAGCCGCGCGAUGGCACCACGCAUUGCCGCCCGGGACUCGGGGCCGAGAAGUCGGCCGCCGUUGGCGGCCGCUGCCGCCACCGCUGCCAGCAAGCCCUGGCGAAGACCGAACAGCAAAUGCCGCAACCGGCCAAGGCCCGACAGUCCAACAGCCGACGGAGGGACCUUGGAGGCCGGCGUCGUGUCGGACCCCGCCGGGGGAGCCGGCUCCGAAGCAAGAUCAGACUCGGGCCCUGGCAGGCCGGGUGAGGGAUCUGCAGGGGCUGGCAAUGGGCCAUGCCGGGGUGGCGGAUUCAGGGCCGCCCGGCCAGCAGCCAAAGCCGCCAACCAGGGGGACGUCGGGUCGGAAACGCCCUGGAGCACCAGCUCAGCCUGCGCCAAUACCGCGGGGUCUGGGCUGCCGGCGGUCAUCAGCGACAAAAACAUGCCAAGCGCCGGCCCGGCCACCGACUCGCACUCGAGCAGCCAGUAACGGGCAGCCGGGCUGGUCGCGGCCACCAGGAAGGCUGGGCCCAAGAAAAGACCCCACAGCCGGGGCGCCGGGUUGGGCUCAUCACUCGGUGGACAGGACACCUCGAAGAGCCGGGCCGCAUGUGCCAGCAGACCGACCGCCAGCAGCAGGUCGACCGGCACACACUCCGAGCCGUUGGAGUCCAGCGCCUCGGCUUGCGUCCGGAGCAUGUCCCCAGCCACCAGGGCCAGACAGGUGCACCCGUCCAAAGCCGACUCCGGGAAGCCCUGCAGCGCACGCUGCAGGGCCGCCAGCACCAGCGCGCGCCGUCCAAGACCGGAGGCCACUUGCGCGUCGUCAGCGAGCACCGCGCGCAGGAAGUCCGCGGCGCGGGCAAACUGGCCCUCCCCAAGGUGGCCGGGGGCCGCGGGAGUCUGACCCUCGGGCUUCGGCUCCUGAGCCUGGCCCAGCCAAUUGGCGAAGGCGCACAGCAGGGCCGGCGGCGAGCUGAGUGCCACCAGCCAGCCGGUGGUGUCCGGGCCUUCGGCCAGCACACCGGGCCCCGGGGUGUCUGACCCGGCGAAGGCGCCCGUCAGGGCAGCCUGCCAGAGGGCGAGGGCCUCGACGAUUGAGGCGUGCGCAGGGGACCCGAGCUCGACAAAUGCCGGCAGGGAGGCCCGCUUGAGGGAGGGAACCACAUGCUCAAGCCAGAGGCGCCAGGCUUCGGGUCGGUCCCCAGAGCCAACUGCCCGGGCAAACGAGUGGGCCAGAGGUUGCAUGGAGUGGGGCGUAUUUCCGGGCGGAGGGAAAUCCACUGGGAGAAGGGGAAAUGUCAAUGAAAGGGACAAAUGGCGUGGGAGGAAAGCAG